UGCAGCUAUGGGUAUGGCAAUCAAGGAAAUCAGAACUUUGGACAACCGCCACAGGGUUACCCUGGCUACGAGCAGAGUGGGGAGAGUUCCUCAUAUGGGCAAGGGUACGGAAGCUAUCAAGGCAACUACGGACAAACUCAGACAGGUUAUGGGCAAAGUGGCCAGCAAGGUUAUGGCGGUUAUGAAAAUCAGAACCAGAGCUCCUACGGCCAAGAGUCCUACGGCAGUCAGGGGCAACAGAAAGAUUCAUCAGGAGGCGGGAGGCCUUCGUACGACCAGAAGCCCAGCUACGGGCAACAACCAGGUUCAUACGGGCAACAACAAAGUUCGUAUGACCAGCCUUCAGGUUUUGGUCAGCAGCAAGGGUCCUACGACCAACAGUCGGGUUACAGCCAGCAGCAAAAGCCGCUUGACCAGCAAUCCAGCUAUGGCCAGCAGGGACAGCAGCAGAGCUCAUAUGACCAGCAGUCAGGCUACAGCCAAAACCGAGACUCCUGUGACCAGCAGCAGCAGGGCUAUGGCCAGCAGCCAGGCUCUUAUGGCCAGAAGUCAAGCUAUGGCCAGCAACAAGGAUCAUAUGGUCAGAACCAGCCAUCCUACCAGAUGCAGCAGAAGGAAAGUUACGGACAGAACAUGCAGGAUGAUCGCCGUGAAAAGAGCAGGUAUGGAGAAGACAACAGAGGUCAUGGUGGGCCACGAGGAGGUGGAAGCAGGUUCGAUUCUGACAGCAGAGGUCCAAUGUCUGGGAUGAGUGGUGGUGACCGAGGGGGCUCCAAAAAUUUUGGUGGUCAAAGGGAUUAUGGUCCAAAGUCAGAUGCUGAUUCGGAAUCUGAUAACUCUGACAACAACACCAUCUUUGUACAAGGACUCGGAGAUGACGUUUCAACGGAACAAGUGGCUGAGUAUUUCAAGCAAAUAGGUGUUAUAAAGACUAAUAAAAAGACAGGCAAGCUUAUGAUAAACCUCUACACAGACAAAGAUACUGGCAAGCCAAAGGGGGAAGCAACAGUGUCUUUUGACGAUCCUCCUUCUGCUAAAGCAGCAAUUGACUGGUUUGAUGGAAAAGAGUUCAAUGGCAGUGUUAUCAGAGUUUCUUUUGCAACAAGACGGCCUGAAUUCAUGCGAGGAGGUGGAGGAGGAGGAGGCGGUGGACGCCGAGGUUCGCGAGGAGGGGGAUUUGGCAGAGGCGGGGGCUUCCAAGGCCGAGGCGGGGAACCCAAGAGCGGAGACUGGGUUUGCCCGAAUCCGUAAGGUUGCGGUAACAUGAAUUGCCGCCGGAAUUCCUGCAAUCAGUGUAACGAGCCUAGGCCAGAAGACUCUCGUCCCUCAGGAGGAGACUUCCGUGGCAGAGGCGGCUUCGGAGGCGACAGGGGGUUCCGAGGGCGCGGUGGCCGGGGCGGCUUUGGUGGCAAAAUGGGAGGAAGGAACGAUUUCAGAAGCGAUCAGCGUAACAGACCCUACUAGAAACGGCCAUGAAUGUCCCCUUCAUCUCUCAAAUGGCUUUUUUUUUUUUUGUUGGUGAAAUUUGCCAGGUUUCUCCUGCUGCUUUAUACCCUAUGGCCUCUUCUGGAUAGUGGAAUGAAAAAUGUGAAAAUGGCCUUUUAUUUUAAUGGGAGGGACGGGGUCGGAGGCUUUUUUCACUUUUCUUUUUUUAAAAAAACAAAAACAAAACACAAGUCCAUUGAAAUUUCAUCUUUAAUUUCCAACAUUCUCCUCUCCAGUACACAAUGCUCCAAUACCCCACUUCACCCCCCUGCCCACCUUAAUUCUUCCACAGCCUCAAAGAUGGAAUUAAAUUGUAAAAUAUUUGCCAAAAAUCUGAUGUGUUUUAUAAUACAAUAAAAGCUGUUUAUUUGUGA